GUCAUCCGUCGGCGCUACAAGUGGCUAUCCCACUUCGAUUCUCGAAGCGCGCGCCUCAUUCGGGUCGUUCCGCUCUCCCUUCGCUGCGAUUAUUCGUUCUCAUCCGGAAAACACUCGUAAAUCGCGAAAGUGCGGUUAACAUACAAGGGACAAGAUCGCGCGACACAACUCGGCGUCUCGUUCUUCCUGCUCGCCAUCACACCGUCAGACGUCAGCGCGACGAUGAUUGCCCCGUUCCAUCGACGUGAGCCGAAGCGCGGUGGGAGUGCAAUAUCUUAAGUGCUCGGCAAAGUACAAUGACUUCUGUGGUGAGAACAAAAAUUGCUUGGAAGAAUCGUGGGAAGAACUUGAAGAGCGGUCGCAAAUGGCCGUGGCUGGAAAUCGAUAUUACGACGCGGCCAAGUAUCGCGAAAGUUAUCUCCGCGGUCGAGGGAUCGACUUCGUUCACGACAGCGAGUUAAACGACGACGAACAAUAUCCGAUAGAUCUUUCGCGAAAUCGAUGCGCGUAGAUCUCGAGGGAGUUUUGGUCUUCGGAAACGAGCCGCGAGAACAUUUGAGCAGGAGACGACGAUGAUAUUCGCUAUCGCUUGAACAAGCAGCGUUCUACGCAAGAAAAUCACUAAGGACAAGAACACAUCAUUGCGAAAAUGAGCUUCUUCAACUCUUUGCAGGAGUACGUCACAAAUAGCGUGGCAAGCUUCAGUCUGAGCCCAAAGAGAUUCUCGUUCAGCCGUGAAGAUUCAAAAGGUGACGGUAGCGGGACCGGGAGAAGCAGCUCCACUGGAAGCGUCACCUCGACCACCAACACCAGCACUACCGCUUCCCAACAAGCCACUCCUCAUGGCUUUCCCAAGGUUGUGCCACCGCCAGGAACCGUCACCUCGCAACACACGCGUUCUCUCUCUGCACGUAGACGCACCCUCGAGUGCACUUCCUCUUCGGGUCUGACGGUGCACCCGGCGACCGGAAGCGGCGCCACGUCACCCCGUCGAGUCGGCUCUUUCCGUCGUAGUGCGGGAUCCAGCGAUCGUCCGCCUCUUAUGUUCUGUCGUCGUAGACCAUCCUGGCCGGAGGUCGAUAUACAGGCUACUUCCGGUGUUCAAGAAACAGAUGGAUCCUUCUUCGAGAGCUUUACUGCUUUAUCGUGGAAACAGGAGAAUCGAAGACUCGUUGUUCUUCAGGAAGUGGAGGAAAGAGCCAAGGAACCGCCACCGCCGUCUAGAGACUCAACUUUGACCUCGCAACCGUAUCGGCUGGGCAAAAAAGAGAUGGAACAGUUGUACAUAGAAGUUCUUUACACGAUUCAAAACACGGUAGGCGCCAGCACAGGACAAUAUGCGCACUACAAGGAGGAUCUGUAUCGAUACGCUCAGGAAGCCUUUGGAGUUCCGCAGGAUCAGCACCGACGAUAUCUCAAUAUUGCCUCGGAAGAAAAACCACCUAUCGUUGUGCUAAGCGUGGUGGUGAUCGAAGCCGACGGACUUGAGGCGAAGGAUGUUAACGGAUUCAGCGACCCUUACUGCAUGCUGGGCAUACAGCCUGGCAACGCGAGUGCACCAUUGAGUCCGCAAACGAAUUUAACGGCACAUUCGCCCCACACACCCCCGGCUUCCCCGAGACAAGCUACCCGCGCUCUGUCCGACGGGGGUGAGAACGAAAAUUCGCAUCACGAGAAACUUCGAAAGCAUCAUAGUUUCAGGCUUUCGUUUAAGCGCAAGGAGCACAGCAGCAGACGGGAACACCGCGAGUCCUUAAGCGGUGCUUUACCCGCGAAGUUUAUACGAGCUACCUCGGUGAAGCCGCACACGCUGAGCCCGCGAUGGAACGAGAAGUUCCGUUUCGACAUCGACGACAUCAACACAGACAUUCUCCAUUUGGACAUAUGGGACCACGACGACGAGUCCUCGGUGUUCGACGCGGUAAUCAAACUCAACGAGGUGCGAGGUGUGAAAGGGCUUGGACGAUUCUUCAAACAGAUCGCGCAGAGUGCUAGAACCGGUAGUCAGGACGACUUUCUAGGCUGUGUGAAUAUCCCUCUUGUGGAUAUUCCGAGCACCGGAGUGGAUCAGUGGUACAAACUGGAAGCGCGCACACAAAGAAGUAAUAUCCAGGGUAGAAUUAGACUGAAAUUAUGGCUGUCGACAAGAGAAGACCGCGGGACGUCUGAGGAAGAUAAUUGGGGCGAGCUGAGACAGCAGGAAAGGCUGUAUACGGUUUUCCUUAAUCAUGAAAUGAACAAACAAGGAGAAGACUUUACUGGCGAACUGCCGCAAACUGCAUUGACAAUCCUACAUCAACACGCCGUGCAGGGCGACGUGACCGAAUUGCAGCAGGCUUUGAUACGAUGGGUGGCGAGUUCCCGACAGCCUGCAGUCGAUCCGCGAACACUUCAUCGUCUUCUCCAGGAACUCGACAAUCGAUGGCACACCGAAACUCUGUCACGCGAUGCGGAACAAUGCCUGGCGGAUUCUUUCAAUGAUUUCUUGGAGAUGUCUUUGAAAAAAGUCAGACAACACCGAGUGCUGUAUCCGCCGCUGCACAGACCGACCAUAUCGAAACUGGAUUAUCUGCUCAGAUGCUUAGGGCUACUCUCAAAUAUGAAGGCUUUCCGAACUUGCUGUCCAUUUAACAAGGAAAUUCGAGGAGAAAUUAUUACCGCUCUUAGAAAAGGAACUCUUGAAUGGUACGAAGAUACCAGACAACAGACAAUGUGCUAUGAUCAAGAGCCUGAUCAGGACAUCGAUCGAGUCCUGCAAGACUUUACGAACUUGGUAACCACAUUACUAGUUGAUCUGGAGCAGGGUCUUUCAUAUUACAACAGUCUCUUUGAAAGCACGAACGGUGUGCCAUAUUUCUCGGCAGUUUAUAAACAACUGGAAAAGCUGCUGGCCGAACACGUGGCGAAACACAUGGAGAACACUUCCGAGAUGCACAACGAGCUCGGUGCAAGAGUUACCACCGCCUGUCUACAACUGCAUGGCCAAAACAGAGACGAGGAAUAUGUUUUGCCACCCGGUGCUGAAAUAGGAACGCCAAUAUUCGAGCUUUAUUUCGCACUUCAAGACUUCGUCAACAUGAAGGACAACUUACCGCAAUCAGACCACAAAACUUUGGCGAUCUGCAAGUACUACGAGUGGUUCAGACCAGCUGUUGACAAAUGGCUGGAUCUGGCAAAGCUCAAAGCGGUCCAGAGAAUACGAAGAGCUGCGGAACUCGAUCGAAUCUGCACUGGAGAAUACUUCGUCAAACACUGUACAUCUGCGAUCGACGCCACUGCGUGCUUCUAUCAGAUUAAAGAAUUCUGGAAGAAACUCGCCUGGCCGGAUGUAGCUGGAUCUUAUAAUUUCGUCCUAAAAGUCAUCGAUGCGAUAUGCAGUUCCGCGGCUUACUACGCCGAGAUAACACAUCAGAAACUGGCGGAUAGCGGAUAUUAUGACGAACACACGCCGUAUAAGACGACAGAUGAGGUAAUCGCUCAGAUGUGCGUAGCCGUCAAUGGUCUCGAGUAUGUGAGAAGAUGGUUACUCAACUUAGGUGAGGAACUUCGUGUAGAACAGGUCUUAACGGCCUUGGAAAUUCAAGCGGGCGAAUCCGUUCGAAUGCAAUGGCGUAAUACUCUGAUGACUCCGCUUGAGCAAACUCCCGGACAGAUGUUGCUCUUCAUAAAUCAGAUAAUCUCGAGAAUCGGCGCCAAAAUGAGACCACCUUUGAAGAAGGCGAUGUUUCAUCUGGCUUGGUCCCCCGAUAGUUUACCGACUACGGAAGCGAUAGCGCCUUUGGUGGAAUACCUGGAUGUUCAUUUAGUGGCAUUGAACUCUGCUUUACUUUCCGCGAAUUUCCAUCGUGUUCUGCAGGAUAUUUGGGAAGUGGUUCUUGGUGAAUUGGGCAAUCAAAUGGACGGGAAUGCCGAGGAUAAACCAGCGAUGUUCUACGAAAGAUUGCACGAGGCGCUCGAUUUACUAGUAAGAUUUUUCAACGCCGACGACAAAGGUUUGCCUCUGGAACUUUUACGUCGUCAGAGUUUCAUAAACGCGGAGGAGCGGCUUCAAUAUCACAAAAUGGAAACGACCUUUUUGAUCGAUCGAUAUUAUCAGCAACGUCUUUUGGACCAACUGAGCACAACAACGUACGAGUACGGAGUCUUGACAGUGCGUGCUUAUUUAAAUCACGAUUCCCUUUGCGUGGAAGUAAUAAGCGCUAGAGACGUAAUACCAUUAGACCCGAAUGGGUUUAGCGAUCCUUUCGUGAUAAUCGAAUUGCUGCCGCGACGAAUGUUCGAACAUUGCGCCGAGCAGCAAACCAACGUUAAAAAGAAGACUCUAAAUCCGAUAUUUGAUGAGUGUUUCGAGUUUUCGGUGAGCGUGGAACAAUGUCGCGAUCCUAACGCGAUGGUUCUCUUUACGGUGAUGGAUCACGAUGUCCUCACGGCAAACGAUUUCGCCGGCGAGGCCUUCUUAGGUCUCAGCACCAUUCCUGGUGUCGCUGACACAAACACGAGCAUCGAUAACUUCCACGGCCUCAAGCACCAGGAGCUACCACUUAUGCACCAGAAAAAUCGGAAUAAUCCGAUCCUGCAAAUACUGGAAACUCGAAUCGGCGACAAACUGGCCCUCGACUUUGUGAAGAAGCAGAAACAACGAUUCGCCACCACGUAAGCGCAUUAUGCAAAACAGAAAAGAGCAAACUCGCGGCGCAACCGCUCCGUACAUCAAGACUUGCAUUAAUCUUAAGAAUCAAUGGAAGAAGAGAUUGAAGAAGGAAAGAGGAGGAGGAGAAGUAGAAGGAGAAAAUCCAUCCUUGCGGUAUAUCGUCGACUCUCACUCUCUCUUUCUCUCUCCCACGCACUCUACUUUUCUGCCUAUCUUUCUUACCAGCCUUCAUCCCAGAGAUCCGUCAGAUCUAUUUCAAUGUAAAUCGUGUUGAAAAUAUAAUCGGUGUUUGUUUAAAAGAGGAAAUAAAACAAAUAUAGUUAAAAGGCGUAAUGAAGAAGGAUCGAGAGAGAGAAAUAUAUAUCAGAACUAUUUUUGUGUCGAAGAAGAGAGAUAUAGAGAGCGAAACUAAUGCGGCGCACAAAAGCGGUAAAAAUAAAAAAUAAAAAAAAAUAAAAAAACAAGUCGGUGUGACGUAGCUAAGGAUAAAUGUUUAAAAAGCCGCUUUGAAAGGCUCGAAACGACCCCGGAGCGACCGUGAAGAAGUUCUUUAUUUUAUAUAAAGAGCGAGAGAAAAGAAAUCGAGCAGGUUGAUACUUACUCACGAAAGGUACUUUCACGUAAUUUGAGAAAGUGAGAGACUUUUCUUUGCGGUCGCGCGAUUUUUGUCUGUCGAGUAUCACAGUUGCAGGAAGAAAAAUAAGAGUUUCCUUGAUUGAAAGAAAAACACAAUCGAUAAAACGUAUACAAUGACUUUCUUUGGAUCAAAUUAUUUUCACAAACAUGUUCACCAAUAAAGAAAGUCAUUGAAGAUACUCACGCGGAAAAAUCAUCGUUUCAGUUGUGCAGAAGUGAUUCACGAGAUAACCGGGAGGAAAAUAAAACGAUCUUUUUACCAUUCUCGCUUCAAUUAGCAGUCGUUUUGCGUGUAAGGAAACAAAAAAAAUAAUAGAAAAUCAAAUUGCGCAAAUUUCUCUGUCUUUUGGAUAAUGCAACGCACAACGAAAUAAUAAUAAUAACGUUAACAAGUAACUUAGAUAUCGAUCACACCAAUCAAAUCAUUGAGCACAAUAAUAAAAUAGAGUGAUAUAGAAAAGUAAAGCUUGAAUAUUUUUCUCUCUGUGACAGAUUUAUUUUUUUAAAUUGUAUAAAACAAAAAAAUUCCUUUCCUCCUCGUAAAAUCGCGCCGCUUCGGUGUCGCUUCGACGGCGCGGGUCAAGCGCCGAAUGGGUCAUUAAGGGUCGAUAUACGAUAUUUUUCUUACUCGUCAGUGACUGAAAACAAGUCUCUUUUUAUCUUUCUGCCACUUAAUUUUCCACUAACUUAUCGAAGAAAAACUAAAACCACCUGUCUGUCUGAAUCGCGCUUUUCUUCUGGAUGCUCUCUGCUUCUGUGACGAAAAUAGAGACGCUUUUCUCAGGAAACGCCACACACGCUGUGAUCUCUUCAAAAAUUGCGAAGAAAAUAAACGACACUCGAUACUGAAAGUCAUAAAUGUAUUUUUCACACGAAAAGCGUCCUAUGUGCAUCGUCCUCUCUGCACCAAAAACUUUUCUGAUUGAUUUUGUUUGCACACAAUGUAUGUAUGCGAUUCCGUAUAGACUUUUUUCACUCUUUCCUUUCCGACGUUGACGAAUUCUUCGUGACCAAAACGUUAAAGAACAUUCCGGCGCAUAAUAAUCAGGCAAAACAAUUAAACGCUCAUACAAUUAAAGUGAAUGUCCACUUCGAGUGCAAUAUCUUUGACACUUAACGCGCCGAAUCAAUGAGCAUUAGAGCAAAUUACGUUAUUAAGAAUGAUGCCAUUUUCUCUCGGAUUUGUUUACUUAUAGCAAUUUUUAUGAUAAUUUAGAAUGAGCGCGAGAACUGAUGAGGAAUUAUAAUAUACUGUAAAAGUGAUCGCGAAUUUAUAUGUGUUAACAUUAUCGAUGCUGGAAACAAAAAACCAAUUGGCGACGCGGAACAAAAUCGAACUGGAGAAUCAAACACGAGAAGAAGACAAACGCGUAAAGAUUCAGACGCACACAUGUCAAUUGUUCUAAUGCACGUAUCACGAGCGAGAGCGAACGCGCAAGUCGUUAUAAUUAUAAAAGAAUAUAUAUAUAAUUGUUCAAACGAGCGCUCUUCGUAUAACACACCUUUACAAUUCACACGCCUUCUAUGAUAAAAAAAAAAAAAAAAGAACGAAGAACAAACCUCGAAGAUUCGUCUGUCUGAUCCUCGACAUAUUUCGUGCAUCGAAUCCAAACGAACUCUAUUGUAUUUGCUUUUUCAACCUUUUUCAAAUCACCAAAACGUAUGUACGAUCUAUCUUGUAUCGUGAGACGAAUAA